AUGCCAGCCCAGCCUGUAUCACAUACCGAAUAUGAAAGAGCGAAGCCUUACGUAGAAGAUGUUAGUCUAGAAGAAGUAAUAAUUGCAAUAAGUGGCCUAAAGAAUUGGAAAGCACCAGGUACCGAUGAUAUUCCAGCAGAACUCAUAAAAUAUGGAGGUAAGGAGUUACAUGUAGUAAUCCACAGACUGUGCCAGCUAAUAUGGAUGGAAGAACGGGUACCGGGUAGCUGGAAUGAGGCAAUCAUUAUACCAUUACACAAAAAAGGAGACAAGACAAAAUGUGACAACUAUAGAGGGAUAUCGCUCUUGAACUCUGCGUACAAGGUCUUCUCUAGAAUUUUACUAGAUCGCAUUGUCCCAUAUGCGGAGGACUCUCUAGGUGAAUACCAAUGCGGUUUUCGGAAAGGUCGCUCAACCACAGAACAAUUAUCCAUAAUAAGCCAAAUUAUUGAAAAGAGGUACGAAUAUCGACAGAAUAUGUGGCAACUAUUCACAGAUUUUAAAAAAGCCUAUGAUAGUAUCCACAGAGAGAGUCUCUACAACAUUAUGUACGAGUUUGGUUUCCCAAAAAAACUAAUAGCGCUUACUAAAAUGUGUAUGGAAAACACGAAAUACAGAGUAAGAACACAAAAUAUAACAUCAGGAACCUUUACAGUGGAAACCGGACUAAAACAGGGGGAUGCCCUGUCACCAGUACUCUUCAAUCUUGUCCUUGAGAAGGUAGUAAGGAUACUACAAGAGAGUGAAGGGGGCCUGUUAAUUGGUCAGAAUAAGAUACGGCUCCUCGGUUUUGCUGAUGACUUAGAUAUAAUAGGUGAGUUACNAUUGGUCAAGGGAAAUAAGUAUGCGGAUAAAUAAAGCUCAGAAAACGUUCUACGCACUGACAAAGUUCUUCACAUCCAGAAUGUUGUCCAGGAAAACGAAAGUAAGACUAUACGUGGCUAUUAUAAGAUCGACUCUCAUGUAUGGCUGCGGAGCUUGGACAACGACCAAACAAGUAGAAAGAAACCUGAGAACUUUUGAACACAGAGUAUGGAGAAAAAUAUGUGGACCUGUCUUUGAUGAAACAAUGGGGAAUUGGCGAAGGAGGUACAAUAGAGAGCUGUACAAUAUGUUGGAUUUAGCACCAGUAACAAGCUUCAUCAAGAGACCUAGGAAAAGAUGGAUAGACGUAGUAGAAAAAGACUUAAAAAUCCUUGGAGUUGAGAACUGGAGAGAGACAGCCCAAGAUAGGGAUAGGUGGCGAAGUGUAGUAAUGGCGGCUAAAACUCUUAGAGAGUAG